CCGCGUGCUGGGCAAAGGCGGCUUCGGCGAGGUUUGCGCCUGCCAGCGCCGCGCCACCGGCAAGAUGUACGCCAACAAGCGGCUCAACAAGAAGCGCCUCAAGAAGCGCCAGGGAUACGAGGCAGCCCUGGUGGAGAAGCGCAUCCUGGCGCGGGUUCACAGCCGCUUCAUCGUCUCGCUGGCCUGCGCCUUCCAGACCAAAACCGACCUCUGCCUCGUCAUGACGCUGAUGAACGGCGGCGACCUGCGCUACCACGUGUACAACGUGGACGAGGAGAACCCCGGGUUCCCGGAGCCGCGGGCCGUGUUCUACACAGCGCAGAUCCUGCUGGGGCUGGAGCACCUCCACCAGCACCGCAUCGUCUACAGGGACCUCAAGCCUGAGAACGUCCUGCUGGAUGAUGCUGGUGAUGUGGGGACAGCGGGGUGUGGGGAGAUGGGUGAGCUAUGGGGCGAUGUAUGGGGCGCUGUGGGUCGAUCUAUGGGGCGCUGUGGGGCCGUGCCCCCAGGCUUCAUGGCCCCCGAGGUGCUGCGGGACGAGGAGUACGACAUGGCGGUCGAUUACUUCACGCUGGGGGUGACGCUGUACGAGAUGCUGGACGCCAAGGGGCCGUUCCGCCGCCGUGGGGAGAAGGUGGAGCAGAAGGAGGUGACGCGGCGCACGCUGCACGACGCCGUCAGUUACUCGGAGCGCUUCAGCGCCGCCGCGCGGUCGCUGUGCGAAGGGCUGCUGGCCAAAGACCCGCAGGCGCGGCUGGGCUUCCAGGACGGCUCCUGCCAGCGGCUCCGCGCGCAUGCGCUCUUCGCUGCCCUGCAUUGGGGGCGGCUGGAGGCGG